AUGUGACAUUCGCCAAACAGGACUGGGAUUGGAAUUGUGAUUUGCAAUGAAUCAGUCUGUCGAUACAAUGGGAAUUACUGUAGCUAAUGCCUUAUCAGAUCAUUCCUGUUUAUCGAGUCCGUGAGUGCGCGGGUUCCGGGUUUUACGCAGAACAUUUCUGCCUUUGCAAAGUCACCAGAGCCCACUCGCUUCUUUUCGCUACAGGAUGCUCAAGCUGUUUGUUCUGUUGGUUGUAGUUGGAUUGGUGUUAGCGUCCCUUGCCACCUGGGUGAUAGACAGCUAUGACACGACUUCUCACCUAAAACGGAGCUUGGGUACGGCCAGCGGGCAAGAUGUUGCGAAGACCACCGGCCCUCCAUAUCCUGGUGGUGAACUAAGUAACAUAUUUUGGUUUGUACAGGUGUCCGACAUUCAUAUCAGUCGCUUCCGUGACCCACGUCGCAUUCCGGAUUUUGAGAAAUUUUGCACUGAAACAAUCGAUGUAAUCAAACCUUCUCUUGUACUGGCAACAGGUGAUCUCACAGAUGCGAAGACUGAGAAUAAAGUGGGUUCUCUGCAACAUGAAGUGGAGUGGCAAGCUUACCACAAUGUUCUGAAAAGGUCACGGGUGAUGGAGCGUACUAAAUGGAUUGACAUCCGUGGAAACCAUGAUGCUUUCAACAUCGCCUCACUGGAAAGUGUUAACAACUACUACAGGAAGUAUUCCGCAGCGCAGAAAGUGGGCUCAUUCCACUACGUCCACAGGGCUCCAUUUGGCAACUAUUCCUUCGUCUGUGCGGAUGCAACCCUUACUCCAGGGCCCAAGAGGCCGUAUAACUUCUUUGGCAUUCUACGUGAGGACCAAAUGAAUCAGCUGGCAACAUUUCAAGCUGAGAGCCACAGCAGCAACCAGAGCAUUUGGUUUGGCCACUACACCACCUCAACCAUCAUCUCGCCAUCCCCAGGCGUCCGGAACUUGAUGAGCUCUGCGGUGGCGUACCUGUGUGGGCACCUGCAUACUCUGGGUGGGCUGAUGCCAGUGCUGCACACCAGGCACUCCUCUGGCACACUGGAGCUCGAGCUGGGUGACUGGAUGGACAAUCGCAGGUACCGCGUGCUGGCUUUCGAUCACGACCUGCUGAGCUUUGCGGACCUGAAGUUUGACGAGUGGCCGGCGGUGCUCAUCACCAACCCCAAGGAGGCCAUGUACAUGAACCCCAGCGUGGAGCCUCUGGGACGCAUCCGCAGCUCCACCCACAUCAGGAUGCUGGUGUUCUCCGUGGCGCCCAUUAGGGAGGUGCAUGUGACCAUCGACGGCUCUCCUCUGGGCAUCGCCUACCCUGUGGAGGGCCCACUCUACGUGGUGCCCUGGGACCCCACUGUCUUCAGCAGCGGCCUGCACACAAUCUCUGUCAUGGUGGAGGAUGCAGCAGAGCGCGUGAAGGUUCGGGAGCAGCAGUUCACCUUGGAGGAGGACCUCACGCCCAGCUUUGGCUUCGUCCAGUCCUUCAUUCUCCUCACUGACCACUACAUCCUGGGGCGUAUUGGAUUUCUGGCUCUGGUGCUGUUUAAUGUUGGCCUGCUCAUAGUGUUCCGAUUCCAACGUGUUCCAGUGUACAGAGGAGCACUGUCUCCUGUGUACACAUCCCUCCACCUCGUCAGCAAAACAGACUCCUUCUUCUACUCCCUACUCCUCUUCAACCUGUGCACAGCACUAGGUCCGUGGUUCAUUGGCGAGGUGAUUGACGGGCACAGUGGUGCGUGUUUUGCCUUUGGAGUGUUUGUGGACGGCCAUUUCCUCGAGGGUAGCCUCACCUACGUUGUAGGACUACUUCAGCUGAUUUUCUUCAACAUCCCGCUAAACUGCUACCUGUGCUGGAGCCUGCACCUGCGCUGCCGGGGCGGCACGCUGGGCUCGCACCUGUGCCGGGGGGCCGGUAGCGGCGGGGGCUGCCCCCGGCGCUGGACACUGCUGGUGCACCUGGUGAUGCUGCUGCUGCUGCUGUGGCAGGCCUACUCCUGCUACUUCCUUUUGGAGGCCUACGGCCCGCUAGCCUUCUUCCUGUCGCCCGUGCGCACCUGGGCGCUGCUGCUCAGCCUGCUGCUGGUGUACCGCGCCUGGAGGGGCCCCGUGCCACACCUCAGCAGCGACGUCAAGGCCAGCUUGGCAUCGUGACCUUCGCCCCCCUCCACUCCCCCAACCCCUCACCUACACACACGCACCACCACAGACUACAUUGACAUGGACACACCUCCUACCACACUGACACACCACACCACAACUCCUAAACACACACACACGCAUGCACAUGCACAUGCACGCACGCCACCACAGACUACCGCUGACACCGAUGCAGCUCCCCACCACCAUACACCUCAGUGGCGACGUCAAGACCAACCUGGCAUCAUGUCCUACGCCGCCUCCACUGCCCCAUCCCCUAAUGCCCUGUACAGACCAGGACCGAACGGAGCGAAUGAAGCGACGGAAGUCAUUAUUUCUCUAUGGAGGGCACGCGACCUGCGCUACCAAAGCGAAUUCGCCAGGAGCGAAGCUUCUUGCGCGACCAGAGCGAAUUUUGACGUUUAAACUAAAUCUAAUCGCAGGCGAAUUCGCUCUGACGCUGCUCGGCGAAAACCAAUCGGAACGUUCAUAUCUCCGAAUGUCCCAGGCUGUCAAGCCAGAGCCGUUAUGUGAUUAGCUGAAUCAAACAUGUCAAUGCUGCGUCUGCAGCGAAUACAGCGAAUUCAAGGCGAAACUUCUUCUGCUACCCACGCUACCAGGCAGCGUAGUUCGCUCUUGGUCUGGACACGGCAUAAUACAGACACACAACUACAGAUUACCACUGACAUACAGUCCUGUGCCCCACCUGCCUCAGCAGUGACAUUAAAGCCAGCUUGGCAUCAUGACAAUCCACCACCACAGGCUACCACUGACAUUGACACACCUCCUACCACACACACACACACACACACACACACACACACACACACACACACACACACACACACACACACACACACACACACACACACACACAGACUACCGCUGAUGCUGACACGUCACCCUCACCACCACAUAGCCCCGUACUCCAUCUCAACAGGGACACCAAGGCCUGCCUGUCACUCUCACACACACACACACACACACACACACACACACACACACACACACACACACACACACACACACACACACACACACACACACACACACACACACACACACACACACACACACACACACACACACACACUGCCUUCCACAGUUAUGACAGUUAUGUUUUUUAAAUGGUUAAAUAUUAUUACCGGUAUGGUUGUAUCACCAUUAUUUAAAAUGUUCGGUGCCAAUGAAAUUAUCUUUUUUUUUUCCUUGCAUUUUUUUGUGUAUUCUCCCUGCCACUGACUUUUUUUUUGUUUACCUGACUGAUUUUGUGGAACUGAAGAACAUGCUGAUGGUAACACCUUUCCCCACCCUUACCCAACCAGUACAGUGCAGCUAAUAGCUGUCACCAGAGUUCUAUAAAUUAGAAGUAGAAGUACUCUUAUGAAUCUAACUACAACACUAGUAGUAUGCAGGGUUCUAAAUUAACACCAGCCAACUUGCCAAAUGCUGGUGAAAUUUCAUUUGGUAGAAAAGACCAACUCACUAGCCACUUUGACCCAUGAGUGAGUAUGUGUUUGGUUUGUAAGAUUAACAUCUACUAGCCAUUUUGGCUGGUGAUUAAAAAUAGUGAAAUUACAGCCCUGGCAGUACGAUAUAUUACAUAGUUACAAUAAUGUAAUAUCAUACCACUAGUGUUGUAAUUACAUCGGUAAGGGUUCUAAUACUUGUACUUAAUACAUCUCUGGCUGUCACUCAUUGGUUCUGUGCAGCUCAUCAUCUCAGUCUAUCCAGCUGAGGUCAAUCUUUUCUAAUGAUUCCAAAGUUCUAUCUACCUUAUUAUCCACAGUUAUAUGGCGACACCAUUGCUAUUUUGGUAGAAGUUGCUAGUGCUUACUCAUUCACAAGGGCUAUGGGCAGCCUGACUGGUUUUAGCAGACAGGAAAUGAUAUAGUAACGCAACAAAAGUUUAAAUGGGCGUGGUAAUAAGGUGCAUUUUGUUGUGCGUUUAGCUGCUGCCAUGACAACAAAUGAUACCUCUCCAAAAACAAAAUUAAACGUUAAGGUUGACUUCUGUCCAACAUUGGGUUGGUGGGACUGCAGCUGGUGCCAACCCGUGGACAAUACUGCCAAUUGAUGUCUUUGACAAUCUCUCCCCAACACCCACUUUUCCGUUUGGUCUAUCCUGAUUUCUGACUUUAGGCGUCCAACUUGGCUGAUAUACUGACUGUCCAGUGGUUCUGCUGUAAUCUUGUCAUUACACAAUGCUGUAAGACAAAUUGGCGAUCAGAUCACACAAUCUGAAGCAUGUGUGGUAUUUUGAUACAAUUGACAGUGAUUAUGUUGUUGAUAAGAAUCUAUUAUUUUUAAGAAUAGGUUGACUAUUCCAAUACGAUGUGGUUGGUCUGUAAAAUGUAAGAAUGUUUGGGAAGGGAAAAUAUUAAUCUUUUGCUGUGUUUCUGUGAUUACUGGGGCAUUUGGUUAUGACGUAACUGUUUUCUGCUGUUAUUUACAUACCUUUUAGCCCUUAGUAACUUAUUGUGGUCAUCCAUUUGUGAUUUAUCAAUUGGUUUCGAUUGAUGCCUACAUUUGUAAGUUAAAGAAGUACAGAAAUAAAGAGAGUUAAAUGACCACAAAUGAAAUAUAAGCAAUUCCCAGACAUAUUUUGGCUUAACAAUGACUUCACAAAUUCAAAUCUAGCAUCACACUCAACUGACACAUGUUUAUUUGUAUAAGCUGAGGAGGAUGGUGUAGGGAGGCAUGUCCCAUGGUGAUCUCUGAGAAUGAAAGAAAUCCUCUGACUUUUGCACAAUUUAACAAUCUUUAGUUCUUGUAUUCUUUUCAAACUUUUGUUGCCAGUGCUUUCGAAUGAAAGGGAUGAAUAAUGUGGGGAAUAAUGCAGUAAAUAAUGCACUAUUACGAGGCAAGCAGAAUAGAAUGGGCAUUCAAACAAAUCCUCUCCCUCCAUUUUGAAAAGGACCUGCGUGUCCCUACAGUCACCUGGUGACACUUUGCCAGAGUAAGCACUGGGAGGUAUUGUCUCACUAUUCUGCCCUGAGGCUGGGUGAGCUGUCAGGUCUUUUCAGUAACAAUUUUCUUUCCUGUCUUUUAUUUGCUGGUUUUUUUCUUCUUUUUUUCUUCUCCAUCAGUCAUUUCAGUUUGCAUUUCUGCUGUCUCAGGAAUGCGGAUGCAGUCAUAUCUACUGGCAGACAGUGCGGUUUACUUGAAAAUAAAUUUGACAGAUGAUUUUCCUCUAUUUAAUGUUUUUCUUGUUUGCAAUUACAAUCAAUUGAGUAUCAUGGGCAUGAAAUGACAUUCAGGUUUGAUUUGUGUUCAAUGUGACUUGUGGUGACUUCAAUUAUGAAUGUUUUUAUUAUUGCUAUAGAUUUUAAUUUUCAUUGGAGAUAAAGAAACUGAUUGAUCUUCCACACUAUUUAUUAUUCCUGUGAGUUCAUCUAGGUUGAUACUUUUAGUGAAUGUUUUGAUGACUACUGUAAAAUAUAUGAAUUCAUGUUUUUGUAACAUUGUGAUGCAAAAUAAAAUUGGAUUUGAC